AGCGCAGGCGCGGCCAUGGCGGCGGCCGGCGGCGCGGAGGGCGCGGGUGGAGGCUCCGCGCUGUGGGCCGAGGUGCGGGCGCUGCUGCCCCGCGCCGAGGAGGGGCUGACCUUGGCGCUGAGCGGGGAGGUGGAAGGCUGCGUCCUGCCGCUGCUGCGGCGCGCCCGCGCCCUGCUCUACAGCCCGCCGGGCCCGCCCGGGGCGGCGGCAGCGGCGGCGCUGGCGCGCUUCGGCGACGUCCUGCGCGACUAUUCCUGGGAGAAGCUGAACGCGGUGCCGUGGAGGGAGGUCGGCAAGGGCUGGCGGCAGGUCUACGCCUACGGCUGCCUCUUCGGGGCGCUGGCCGAGGUGGCCGCGGGCCGCCCGCAGGCCGCCGUGCGCCUCUGCGACCUGGGGCUGCUGCUCGGCGCCGCCGUCCUGGACAACGUCCUGGCGCGCCUGGUGCGGGCGCUGCAGCCGCGCCUGCCCCGCGGGACCGCGCCGCGGGACCGGCCCCGCGCAGAGAGGGUCCGGCCGGAGCGGCCCCCGCCGCCCCCCGCGGUGCAGCCGGAGGAGGCGAUUCCUCACCUUCACUGCCCUUCGCUGGAGCACUUCAGAGACAACUACCUCAUUCCCGAGCGGCCCGUGGUCCUGGAGGGCGUCAUGAACCACUGGCCGUGUAUGAAGAAGUGGAGCGUGGACUAUUUUCGUCAAGUCGCAGGGUGCCGCACAGUCCCCGUGGAGUUGGGCGCCCGGUACACAGAUGAGGAAUGGUCUCAGCAGCUCAUGACUGUCAAUGACUUCAUCAGCCAGUAUAUCAUGGAUGAGAACAGUGUAGGAUACCUUGCCCAGCACCAGCUUUUUGAUCAGAUCCCAGAACUGAAAGAAGAUAUCAGUAUCCCUGACUACUGCUGCCUGGGGGAAGGGGAAGAAGAUGACAUCACCAUUAAUGCUUGGUUUGGUCCAGGAGGCACAAUCUCUCCUCUUCAUCAGGAUCCCCAGCAGAAUUUUUUAGCCCAGGUAUUAGGAAGAAAGUAUAUCCGUCUGUAUUCACCACAAGAUUCAGAAAACCUGUACCCACAUGAAAGCCAAAUUCUUCACAACACUAGUCAGGUUGAUGUGGAAGAUCCUGACUUGGUCAAGUUUCCCAAUUUCACAAAGGCUGCAUUUCAGGCCUGCAUUCUGAUGCCUGGACAGAUUCUGUUUAUUCCAGUUAAAUAUUGGCACUAUGUGCGAUCGCUUGAGCUCAGCUUCUCUGUCAGUUUCUGGUGGUCAUAACUCUGAAGCAUCGUCUGCAGCAUUGUAAUGGGAAUUAAAGAUCAGCAAAGUAGCAUCUAGCAGCAUCUUUUCAUGAGGUUAGAGGUGGAGCAAAACCAAAAACCAACAACCUCUUGCUGAAGCAUGGAGAAAGAACCAGGACGGGUAAAUGGAAAGGUGAUGCUGCAGCCACUUCAUUUUUGUAGAUGUUUCUAAUAACUCCUUGUGAAGAGCAUAUGUUAGGUCACUGUCCUGUGUGCCUGUGUCCCUCAGAAACAGCCUGUGUCUGGGCACUGCCAGGGCUCUGCCUCUGUCUGCAAGGGUCCUGUCGUACUCUUUCCCAAUUGUUCUGACUGUGGCAAUAUUCCCUCCCUUACUGAACACAGCUGCUCAUGACCUGGCCUUAUGUCAAGACAAACUGUUCUGCAUCUAAAGAAGGGACAAAAAUCAAGCCACUCCAGUGCCAGCUGGAAGUGUUCCAACUCCAGCCCUAGGUCAGAGACCUUACACGUGCUGCAUGGAUUUCUCACCUGCCUGAGGUGCUACAGCAGGUGUCAGUUCCAUUGCGUAGCUCAAACUGUACAAAUAAGGAACACCUGCUGAGAAAGGCUUCUUUGAAGAGUCCACCUGCAUAGAUCAGCUUGCAGGACUGACUAAAACACUUGCAUCUUUCAUCCCCAAAACAUGCACUGCAAGUCCCAACCCAAGAAUAUGGAGAACUACAAACACAAAACAGCCUCCAAGAAAGCUGUGCAGGCAUUACUGUGAAGGAGAACAGGAAGGUCAACAAUAGUUUUAUUAUAAGAUUCUUAGAACUUCAGAAAAUAAGUACACUGGCCACUGUUACUAAUGAAUAAAACACAGUCUAGCUGUUCUGCCAGAGUGAGUGAAAACAGCUGUCACUGACAGCAAGUUCUACUGGCAUCAUCUAGGGCUGAGAACGGAGCUCUAUGGUGACUGGGAGGUCAUCCGACUCAUACCUGUAAAGAAAAUGAAGGUUAAUGGGUGACACACACAAAAAAAGGAUAAUAUUGUAUAGCCUCCUGAUUUUUAAAAUGGUUUGUAUAUUCCUGUGUUGCCGUUCACAAUGUCCAAUUCACCUAGAGAAAUAGGGCGUUCCAAAGAGAUUCUUAAAAGCUCAGUAUUUCCAGAAGUUUUAGUGCCAUGGGUUGUGUGUGUCCCCUACUCCCUGCCACCUCCCCACCUUAAGGUAGUUAUAAACAACAUGCAGGGUCUGCUGUGCCCCUGUGGCACAGUCCAGGCACUGUGAGGGCUUGGUGUUGCCCGUGUGUGGUUUAAUGUCUCAAACGUACGGCUGAAGCCAGAAAAAACUGAGAGUUACAGCUGUAAAUAAUACAGGUACUGCCACUAAA